UCCGGGCGACGUGGCCGGCCGGAAGUGGUCUGUGCGGAACCGCCGCCGGACAACCCCUGCUCGCUGAACCCGGCUAGCGCAGGGCUGCUGCUUUGGGCCCCGCCGGCACCACCAUGCUGAAGAAAUUUGAUAAGAAAGACGAGGAAUCGGGUGGAGGCUCCAACCCAUUCCAGCAUCUUGAGAAGAGUGCAGUACUCCAGGAGGCAAGUGUCAUUUGCCCGUGUAUUUACGAGACACCCAUCAACCCUCGAAAAUGUGCCCACAUCCUCACCAAGAUCCUUUACCUCAUAAACCAGGGGGAGCACCUAGGGACCACCGAAGCAACCGAGGCCUUCUUUGAGACCAAGCUCUUUCAGUCCAACGAUCCCACACUCCGUCGGAUGUGCUUGACCAUCAAGGAGAUGUCUUGCAUUGCCGAGGAUGUCAUUAUUGUUACCAGCAGCCUGACAAAGGACAUGACUGGGAAAGAAGACAACUACCGGCCGGCUGUGCGUGCCCUCUGCCAGAUCACUGAUAGCACCAUGCUGCAGGCUAUUGAGCGCUACAUGAAACAGGCCAUCGUGGACAAGGUGCCCAGUGUCUCCAGCUCUGCCCUGGUGUCUUCCUUGCACCUACUGAAGUGCAGCUUUGACGUGGUCAAGCGCUGGGUGAAUGAGGCCCAGGAGGCGGCGUCCAGUGAUAACAUCAUGGUCCAGGUGAGUACCAUUGCUCUGGGGCUCCUGUACCACGUGCGGAAGAACGACCGCAUGGCUGUCAAUAAGAUGAUCAGCAAGUUCACCCGGCAUGCUCAAGUCUCCUUUGCCUACUGCAUGAUGAUCCGGGUGGCCAGCAAACAGCUGGAGGAAGAGGAUGGCAGCCGUGACAGCCCUCUGUUUGACUUUAUUGAGAGCUGCUUGCGCAACAAGCACGAGAUGGUGGUGUACGAAGCCGCCUCGGCCAUCGUCAACCUGCCAGGCUGCAGCGCCAAAGAGCUGGCCCCCGCUGUGUCAGUGCUCCAGCUUUUCUGCAGCUCGCCCAAGGCUGCUCUCGCUAUGCUGCUGUCCGUUACCCUCAAUAAGGUGGCCAUGAAGCAUCCGUCAGCAGUGACAGCCUGCAAUCUGGACCUAGAGAACCUGGUUACAGAUUCAAAUCGCAGCAUCGCCACGUUGGCCAUCACCACGCUCCUCAAGACUGGCAGCGAGAGCAGCAUCGAUCGCCUCAUGAAGCAGAUCUCGUCCUUCAUGUCGGAGAUCUCAGAUGAGUUCAAGGUGGUGGUGGUCCAGGCCAUCAGUGCCCUAUGUCAGAAGUAUCCUCGCAAACACGCCGUGCUCAUGAAUUUCCUGUUCACCAUGCUGCGGGAAGAGCUUGACCCCUCCCACUGCAGGGCGGAUCUUGAGUACAAGCGGGCCAUCGUGGACUGCAUCAUUAGCAUCAUUGAGGAAAACACAGAGAGCAAGGAGACUGGGCUGUCACACCUGUGCGAGUUCAUCGAGGACUGCGAGUUCACCGUCCUGGCCACCCGCAUCCUGCAUCUCCUGGGCCAGGAGGGACCCAAGACCAACAACCCCUCCAAGUAUAUCCGCUGCAUCUAUAACCGCGUGGUCUUGGAGCAUGAGGAGGUCCGGCAGGUGGGCGCUGUGAGUGCUCUGGCCAAGUUUGGAGCCCAGAAUGAAGAGAUGUUACCCAGUAUCUGCUUACUAUGUUUUCUGGCUGCAGGUGCGUGAUGGGACGAUGACAAUGAAGUAAGGGACCGAGCCACUUUCUAUCUCAAUGUCCUGGAGCAGAAGCAGAAGGCCCUCAACGCAGGCUAUAUCCUAAAUGGUGAGUCUGACCGUUCCAUCCCUGGUCUGGAGAGAGCUCUGCAGCAGUACACUCUAGAACCAUCGGAAAAACCUUUUGACCUCAAGUCUGUGCCCCUGGCCACCACGCCCAUGGCAGAGCAGAGAACAGAAAGCACCCCCAUCACAGCCGCCAAGCAGGCGGAGAAAGUGGCAGCCACUCGAGAAGGACAUCUUCCAGGAACAGUGGCGGCAGUGCCAGAGUUCCAUGGGCUGGGGCUCCUCUUCAAGUCCUCGCCUGAGCCUGUGGCCCUCACUGAGUCAGAGACAGAGUAUGUCAUCCGCUGUACCAAACACACCUUCACUGACCACAUGGUGUUCCAGCAGGGCUUUGACCUCGAGCAGUGUCUAAGCAAUCCCUCUCCUCCCUGGUCCAGUUUGAGCUGCACAAACACACUCAAUGACCAGACUCUGGAGAAUGUCACAGUCCAGAUGGAGCCCACUGAAGCUUAUGAGGUGCUUUAUGUGCCUGCCCGAAGCCUACCCUACAACCAGCCUGGGACCUGCUACACGCUGGUGGCACUGCCCAAGGAGACCCCACAGCUGCCUUUCUUCCUUGCAGUGGCCUGCACAUUCAGCUGCAUGAUGAAGUUCACUGUCAAGGAUUGUGACCACACUGGGGAGACCGACGAUGAAGGCUAUGAAGAUGAGUAUGUGCUGGAAGAUCUGGAAGUCACUGUCGCUGAUCACAUCCAAAAGGUCAUGAUGCUAAACUUUGAAGGCUGGGAUCAGUUAGGAGAUGAGUUUGAGAAGGAGGAGGACAUUCACUUGUCUACCAUCAAGACACUUGAAGGUAAAUCCUGGCUACUGCUUGUGGGCAAUAUUGUGAAAUUCCUGGGAAUGCACCCUUGUGAGAGGUCAGACAAAGUGCCAGAUAACAAGAAUACCCACACAUUGCUCCUGGCUGGUGUGUUCCGGGGAAAUCAUGACAUCCUGGUGCGCUCCCGACUUCUGCUUUUGGACACAGUAACAAUGCAGGUGACAGCCAGAAGUUCGGAGGAGCUGCCAGUAGACAUGAUCUUGGCGUCUGUGGGCUAAGAGGCCAGCCUGCAUGGGCCCUACUCCUACCCUCUUCUCUCCCCCUGCCCCCCGCCAACACUACGCAGAAGUCACACCUUCAUCCUGAACGCAGUGGAACUCCAUCCUAAGUCUCUGUAUUCAAAAACAAUUAGGAAUCACUGAAAAAAAAAUUUUUUUUUUUAAUUUAACCCCUGCCCCAGGACGACAAGGGGGUAACUUUUUUUUCUUUUUUAAAAUAGGGGAUGAUUUAGCUUGUCUAGAACCUGCUGCCCUGUCUGUCACGGUAGGGACAUGGCAGAUGAAUAAAACGCACCUCCUCCUGAAAUUAUCCCAAGGAAACCAUCUUAUCCCUAUAAAUAAAUCCGCAUGUAUUUAUUGAAUGAC